UAUAUCCAAGCAAUUUUUCCUAAAAAUAAUACCUAUAGCGGGAGGGAGUCGUCGUCAGAUCUUUGUAGACGACGACAAUGGGGUUUAUAGGUGGGCAUUUACAUGUUCAAUAGCCUUUUUGCUCUUUAUUCGCCAUUGCGACAAUCUCAAAUCUGAAUGGCCAUCUCAUUGAACUUUCAAUCCCAUCAAUCAAUAUACCUAAAUGCAAUUAGAGAAGAAAUUGUUUGUACCCUUUUUCAGAUUCUGUGAAAUCUGCUAUUUUAGGGUUCAUCUGUUUUCAACCGAUUAAAAUGGUAAAACUCCUGAAAACCCCAUAUUUUUUACAGCUUUUUAAGGUUUAUUCUCUAUUGGGUACUUUCCAUUUCCAUCCAUUUUCAUCAAAAUCUAGUAUUUCUUCCAUUAAAUCUAGUCUUGGUUCACUGCAACACUCUAAAGAUGCGUUAGUUUUAAGGGUUUGUGAAAUUUUAUGUGAUCAUCGAUGGACAUGUAGCUCUGAAUUGAUUGAUUUGAGCCCCAAAUUAACCCCUUGUGUUGUUGAAAGAAUCAUCAAUACCCAUAUGGAUACUGGGUCAGUUUUACAGUUUUUUUAUUGGGUUUCUAAAAGACCCUUUUAUGAACAUGAUUUCAAUUGUUGUUUUUCUAUGCUAGACAGGCUUACUAUAGAUUGGAAUCACAAUGAUGCCAAUCAUUUGAUUAUUUUGACUGUUAAAGCAUGUAAGAAUGCUGAUGAGCUUAUAAGGAUUUUGGAUUAUUUGGUUGAUAUUAGCCGGAGGAGAUUUAAGGUAACUUUGUAUAGUUUUAAUAUGUUGUUGAUUGCUUUGGGUAAGUUUGACAUGGUUGGAACUGCCUUUGAUGUGUAUAAAGAGAUCAUAUAUAGAGGAAUUAGCCCUAGCCUUUUGACAUUGAAUACUUUGAUCAAUAUUUUUUGUAAGAAGGGAAAAGUUCAUGAUGCUGAGAUUCUUUUAAGUAAGAUAUAUCAGUAUGGUAUGUUGCCGGAUGUUUUUACCUAUACCUCGUUGAUUCUCGGGCAUUGUAGAAGCCAUAAUUUAGUUGGGGCCUUGGGGGCUUAUAAUGUGAUGUUGGAACAGGGUUGUGAACCAAACUCUGUGACAUUAAGUACUAUGAUUAAUGGGCUUUGUAAUGCUGGUAAGAUAGAUGAGGGUUUGAGGUUGCUUAGCGAGAUGGUUGCGAAAGGGAUUGAACCUACCGUCUAUACCUACACCAUUCCCAUUGUCAAACUUUGUGAGAAUGGUCGGUUUGAGGAAGCUUCUAGACUUUUUGGGAUCUUAUUGAAAAGAGGAUGCCACACUAAUGAUCAUACAUAUUCAGCUCUUAUUAGUGGGUUAUCUCGUGCAGGGAAUGCAAAAGUCUCCAUCGGAUUAUUCAACAGAAUGUUGAGAGAUCUCGUGGUUCCCAAUACUGUUGCAUGUAAUGCAUUGAUCCAUGGAUUAUGUGAGAGCGGAAUGAUUAAACAAGCUUUGAAGAUUUUUGGCUGGCUGAAAGCUUGUGGGUUUUUGUUAAAUUCUCGAACUUACAAUGAAAUAAUUAAUGGGAUGUGUUCAAUAGGUUCUCUACAAGAUGCAAUGGUUCUGUUUGGUAAUAUGCAGCGGGCCGGUCCGCCGCCUACUGUGUCAACAUAUAACAUACUUAUUUAUGGUUUCAUAAGGCAAAAGAAACUAAACUAUGGUCUGAGAUUGUUUGACAUGAUGAAGGAGAAUGGAUGUGACCCUGAUGAGUACACGUACACCGAAAUGAUAUAUGGGUGCUGCGAAGGGGAGAAAUUGGAACUAGCGUCUUCUCUUUUCCACGAGAUGACUGAACGGGGUUUGUGUCCUAAUGAAUUUACCUUUACCACUUUGAUUGAUGGUCUUUGCAAGAUCGGAAACAUAGAUAAAGCCUUAGAAGUAUUCAGUAAGAUUAAGGCAUUUGGUUGUUCUCCUGUUAUUGAGUGCUUUAAUGCCAUUAUAAGUGGUUUAGCAAAAGUAAAUAGGAUUAGUGAUGCAGAAAAAUGGUGCAGUAAAAUGUCGGAGUAUGGAUUCUUACCUAAUGUUGUCACUUACACAUCAUUGAUUGAUGGUCUAUGUCAGCAUGGUGGGACCAAUCUUGCCUUCAAGGUGCUUGAUGAGAUGGAAAAGAAUGAUUGCCGUCCAAAUUUGCAUACUUACAGUAUACUUGUACAUGGUUUGUGCCAAGAAGGAAAAGUCGAAUGCGCAGAAGGUUUGUUUGAAGAAAUGCAAAAGAAAGGAAUAUCUCCCGAUGUAGUGGCAUUUACCACUCUUAUAGAUGGUUUUGUUAUGUCGGGUAGGCUAGAUCAUGCCUUUUUGCUUCUUCAGAAGAUGUUGAAAUCGAGCUGCCAACCGAAUCAUCGUACAUUCACCGUGUUAUUGAAAGGUUUGUAUAAAGAAAGUUACUUGCUUGUGAACAAGGUUGCUGUCCAGAAUGGUGUCAGUUGUAGUUUCCCUUUGGAUGUUAAGGACAUUCGAGCCCAAACAAUUAGCCACUUAUUAGUUAGACUCGCAGGAAUUGAUGGCGAACCCACUAUCAGCACAUACAGUACCUUAAUCACUGGCUUUUGUGAAGAAGGAAAAUACUAUGAAGCAGAUCAAGUGAUAAAACAUAUGCAAGACAAAGAAUUGCCUCUUAAUUUUGACAUAUAUAAUUCAUUAUUGAUCGUUCAUUGUAAAAGUUCAAGAGUCGAGCCUGCUCUAGAUAUUUUAAAAUUGUUGUCGAGUAGUGGGUUAGAACCUCCAUUAUCUACUUAUGGGUUGAUAAUAUCUACAUUGUGUAAGCUAAAUCAGAUGGAUGAAGCUAUUUCUCUAUUUAAGAAUAUUCUCGAGAAAAACUGGAACUCUGAUGAGGUUGUUUGGAGUGUGUUGCUUGAUGGGUUGGUGAAGGAAGGAUAUGUGGGUCCAUGUGUAAAGUUCCUUCAAAUUAUUCAAUCCAGUACUCACACUGUCAGUGUGUAUACUUACAAGGUUUUGAUGGAAGAAAUGUCUAGAGUGGAUCGAUCUUCUGAAAAUAAUCAGCUUGUGGAUGAACCAAAAGAAAGCACAGACAGUUCACCUGGGUGAGAUUUUUUUUGUUCUGUGAGCCUUGGCUUAUGUUUAAUCAAAUGGCCCGUUGGUGUUUUUGCAAGCAACGGUGAUGGGGAUGACAAUAUUUCACGGAAGUGUCUUGUUUUGCUGCUCAACUGUCUAGAUAAGAUUGAAGACUCCCGUUGAAACGCUUUAAAGGAUGCUAGCUUUUUGUUGAAGGCACGGAAGUAUUUUUGUUGGUGGGUCAACCAGGAUACCUUGGUACAGGAUCUUCUUGGAAAGAUGAAGGGAAAAUACCCAAAAAAUACUGUCAAUCCUGAUAUAGUAGUUGUGCGAGGUGCUGCAGUUCAGGUCGGUGUUUUGAUGAGAGAAAUUAGUGACAUGGUGCUGCUGGAAAAAAUUCGUGGUAAGCCUGGCAACCCAGCAAGCUGACCAGUAGGCUCGCUGCCUCAAUAUUACCAGCAAAUGCUUACCAAGGUUCUAGGUCUGUGGCUAAGUUUCUGCUAUACCCUAAUUCCUCCUAUCGGCUAGCGCUGAAGGAUACUCUGCGUAUAAGAAAUAAAAAAUGAUGGAUCCUAUGGUUAAUCAUGCAUCGACUACUUUUUCUAUGUAUAUAUCGUCAUGUUGUAUCUUUGUAGUUCAUUUAAUCUCAUGAAUUUAUCUUUGAGUAAAACUCUAAAUUCUCGCCACCGUUUCCUUGUGGAUUAGGGAAUUGAACCUAUUAGAAUAUGGAAACAGAAUAAUUAGAAUAUUGUAAUUAGGGAAACUCUUAUAUUUUGUAAUCUUUUAUUUUAAGUAAUCCCAGGUAGCUCCUAUGUAUAUAUACCUCAUUAGAAUUAUUGGUUGAAUAUACAGAAAUAUGGGACACAAGAUUGAAACCCCAAAA